AUGAAACCAGGCCGUCUUCCUUCCCUAAUCUUCCUCCUCUUCUUGACGCUGCUCUCCUCAAGCCGCGAAGCGUUUGCAGGCCAUGUCCGUCGUCGUAACAAGUUCAGCCGCAUCCGUGGGGAUAACCGACUCCUGAAAAAGAAUGAAGGAAAUCAAGUGAGCUUGCUGGAUUCCGGUAGUGAUGGUAAAGACGAGGAGCAGGACGAGGAGCCCCAAGAGAUUGCCGAGUCCGCCAGUGUUGUUGGGUCGCCUCAAGAACUCCCACAGGAAGAUCCCUCCGGUGCUGAUGCCAAAGACCAGCAAGAAGCGGUGUCAGAUUCCAGUGGGGGCAAGCAGAAGGGUGACAACAAUGGCAAACAGAAGGACGCAUCCAACAAUGGUGAGACACUCGAAGAAGGAGAAAUCCCGAUUGUGCAGGAAUCCAAUGGCGGUGGCGCCGGUAGUGGUGGCGGUGGCGGUGGUGGCAACCAAGGACAAAAGGAUUCCGAUAGUGGCGGCAAUCAACAAUCGCUACAGGAAGACGUGACACAAGAAGACGUGUCCGAUAGCGAGGAGGGUAGUGGCAAGCCAGAUGGCGGUGGCAAACCGGGACCUAAAGAUGCUGAUAGUGAGGGUGAGACAUUUGAAGAAGGAGAAAUCCCACUUGUGCAGGAAUCCAAUGGCGGUGAUGACGGUAGCGGUGAUGGUGGCAAACCGGGACCUAAGGAUUCUGACAGUGAGGGCAAUCAAGAGUCGCUACAGGAAGACCUGACACUAGAAGACGUAUCGGAUGGUCAGGAGGAUAGUGGCAAACCAAAGCCGCAACAAAAACCUGCGCAAGGUGACAAGCUGAGACCGGUAGACUCCAGUGAAAAUGUUGCCGUACCGGCAGAACCACCACUCGACGAAGCACGCAAUUGCAUACAACAUUCAGAGGAAGCGCUCAAGUUUAUUGCUUCUGUUGGACAUCCCGAAAUGGGAAGUAUGGAAUGCUUCAAUGAUCCUGUGGAUGGUUGUCCUGGAGGAUGUUGCCGUCUUGCUAGUGCUUACUUCAUCUGUGAUGACAGUGGCGAUGCUUGGACUCGGCUGCCUUGUGUGUGCAACAGUUUGACGGCUCCCUGGGAUCUGACCUCUUCAGAAGUAGUUGUGGAAGAUACAACCAUUACAGAGGACACUAACGACGUUGAACCAACCUUGAUUAGUGGUGAUUCAGGGACAGGUGAACAAACUAGCUUAAUCGAACCACCAGAAGACACACCCAAGGAUGAGCCCCCGACGGAAGAACCACCCAAAGUAGACACUGAUGCCACUACUGCUACUAAUGCUGAAGAAGCUGUCAGUCCACCGACCACGGAAAGCCCUACUGAAGGCGAUGCAGCAACAGAUCCAGCAACAUUCGUCCCCAGCUUUGACGAUUCUGAAACUGAAGCUGUGGUUGCCGACGUAACAGUGCCUGUACUUGCGGUAGAGGGCACAUUCGUCCCCAGCUUUGACGAUUCUGAAACUGAAGCUGUGGUUGCCGACGUAACAGUGCCUGUACUUGCGGUAGAGGGCACAUUCGUCCCCAGCUUUGACGAUUCUGAAACUGAAGCUGUGGUUGCUGACCAAACUACAUUCGUCCCAAGCCUGGAGGAAACAGAGCCUGUUGUUGCUCAAGACGGGACCUUUGCACCAAGCAUUGAUGAUUCUGAAACCGAAGCUGUGGUUGCCGACGCAAAAGAGCCUGUACUUGCGGAUGAGGGCACGUUCGUCCCCAGCUUUGAUGAUUCUGAAACUGAAGCUGUGGUUGCAGACCAAACUACAUUUGUCCCGAGCCUGGAGGAAACAGAGCCUGUUGUUACUCAAGACGGGACCAAUGCACCAAGCAUUGAUGAUUCUGACACUGCCAACCCAACUACGCUUGCCCCAAGCCUGGACGAAACAGAACCAGUGGUCGCGGGAGAAGGGACACUCGUCCCCAGCAUUGAUGAUUCUGCAACAGAGGCAGCCAUUGCUGAUCCGACUACCUUUGCGCCAAGCUUGAAAGAUACAGAUGGUGUGGUGUUCAUCCAGAACACUCUCAAGCCCAUUUUGUUUGAUGAUCCGGAUCCAGCCACAUUCGUCCCCAGUUUUGACGAUUCUGAAACGCAAGCUGUGGUUGUCCAGACUACCUUCGUCCCAAGCCCGGAUGAAACAGAUACGGAAAUUCCAGUUGCACCGACAGCAGCUCCAAUCGAGACCACCGAUAGUCCCAUCAUUGCUGUAUCUACCGAGAGUCCUACCAUUGUCGUAUCUGAGCCUGUCGCACUGCUGGGUGGCAGCCCGACGGAAGCCCCAAUAGCAGCUCCACUGGGAGAUCUCAUCGAGACUGCGGAGAAUGCCGGGGGCUAUGAUACGUUUUUGGAAUUGCUGACACAGGCACAACUCGCAGAAACUCUGCAGGGACCUGGUACCUACACCGUGUUCGCGCCUAUGGACAGUGGAUGGCCUCGAGAUGAAGCCCUCGAUUUCUUCCUAUCCUUCCUUUCGGAAGAACAGCUGUUGUCCUUGCUUUCCUACCAUAUUGUCCCUGGAAUUGUGUCGCCUUUUGAUCUUAAAGAUGGCGCAACAAUAACCACCUUGCAAGGAGAUGGAAUUUCUGUCACGUUGAACGUCAGUUCAACCGUACUCAAUGGAGGAUCCACCGUCACUGAUUUGCACGCGGCAAACAAUGGUAUAGUGUAUGAAAUUGAUCAUUUCUUGGUUCCUGGCCCACCUUGA